UAAGCCAACACUCCAUUGUCGAACUUUUCAAUUCGAAAUCGGAACAAAUGAUUCUCUCAGUUUGCUGCGUUUAUCUUUAGUCCCACGUGACUCUCUCUCUCUCUGUCUUUGGGUCUCCUUUUUUCUUGUCCAAUCUUCUGCAUUUUGAAUCUCAAAUCAGCUGAGGAUUGAUAGAAAAUCUAUCAAAUCAGAGCCGCCAUGGAAGUAGAUGACAAGUUUCUCAACAUGGGUUUUCUCAUAGUAGCCACUCUCGUAGUGGCCAAGCUCAUAUCUUUCCUCAUAAUGCCUAGAUCCAAGAAGCGGCUGCCGCCAGUAAUCAAAACCUGGCCGGUAAUUGGUGGCCUCCUUCGAUUCAUGAAAGGGCCCAUCGUGAUGCUCCGGGAGGAGUACCCAAGGCUUGGCAAUGUUUUCUCGUUGAGUUUGUUUAACAAGAAGAUAACUUUCUUGAUUGGGCCUGAGGUUUCAGCACACUUCUUUAAGGCUUCCGAAUCAGACCUCAGCCAACAGGAAGUUUAUCAGUUCAAUGUGCCAACUUUUGGCCCUGGUGUGGUGUUUGAUGUGGAUUACUCAAUAAGGCAAGAGCAGUUCCGGUUCUUUACGGAAGCCCUUAGAGUUAAUAAACUCAAGGGUUAUGUGGAUCAGAUGGUCACAGAAACUGAGGACUACUUCUCAAAAUGGGGGGAUAGUGGUGAGGUGGACCUCAAGUAUGAGCUGGAGCAUCUAAUCAUCUUGACUGCUAGUAGAUGUCUCUUGGGUCAAGAAGUGCGUGAUAAGCUUUUUGAUGAUGUGUCUGCACUCUUCCAUGAUCUUGACAAUGGCAUGCUCCCUAUUAGUGUUAUCUUUCCUUACCUUCCUAUCCCUGCUCAUCGCCGUCGUGACCGGGCUCGAAGGAAGCUUGCAGAAAUCUUUGCAAAUAUCAUAGCUUCCCGCAAAAGUGCUGGCAAGUUAGAGAACGACAUGUUGCAAUGUUUCAUUGAAUCUAAGUACAAAGAUGGUCGCCCAACUACUGAGGCUGAAGUAACCGGGUUGCUCAUUGCUGCUCUCUUUGCUGGGCAACAUACCAGUUCCAUCACCUCUACGUGGACUGGUGCCUAUCUCCUCCGUCACAAGGAGUUCCUAUCUGCUGUGGUGGAGGAGCAGAAACAACUAAUGCAAAAGCAUGGGAGCAAGGUUGAUCAUGACAUCUUGUCUGAGAUGGACACCUUGUAUCGGUGCAUUAAGGAAGCCCUGAGACUUCACCCCCCACUGAUUAUGCUUCUACGAAGCUCACACAGUGAUUUUAGUGUAAAAACCCGAGAUGGUAAAGAGUACGACAUCCCAAAAGGUCAUAUUGUUGCAACAUCACCAGCGUUUGCUAACAGGCUGCCUUACAUCUACAAGGAUCCAGACACAUAUGAUCCCAAUAGAUUUUCUGUUGGGAGGGAAGAAGACAAGGUGGCAGGGGCUUUUUCGUAUAUUUCCUUCGGAGGUGGCAGGCAUGGUUGCCUUGGUGAACCGUUUGCUUACCUUCAGAUAAAGGCUAUAUGGAGCCAUUUGUUGAGGAAUUUUGAAUUGGAGCUUGUGUCACCUUUUCCUGAGAUUGACUGGAAUGCAAUGGUGGUUGGCGUGAAAGGUAAGGUGCUGGUUCGAUACAAGCGGCGACAGCUUUCUGUUAAUUAGCUAGAUAAUGCUUGUGGGUAACUAGCGGGUUUAAUUUAUCUUCUUUAGAAUGUUGUUGCCCUGUUUUUACUCUGUUUUUGAACUUUGGUAUAUUUGUUUUACGUAGAGUGCCCUCUGGAUUCUAUUUAUAAUGGUUUUUUGUCUAUUUCUAGAAUAUUUAUGAUUAGUUUAUAAGCAAAGUUUGGUUUCGAUGUUGUGCACCUGUUGGGGUCCUUGAAGCAAUGAAGUUUUUAUUAAUCUUGAUGUUAA